UUUUGGUUUGGGGUGUUCAUCACCUUGCUCUGUCCUUUUUUAGGGUUUGGCGGUGCAGGUGCUCAGUCCUUUUUUAGGGCUUGGCGGUGCAGGCGGAGGGUGGGAAGAGGCCAGGUGCUGGAGGCUAUCUGCUUGGCAAGACCGCGGUCUGGUGAGGCCAGUAGGUGAGGCACCUGGAGAGGCCGGCACCACGAGGGACAGGGCGUGGUGGAAAGCGACUAUUGCCCCUUGCACUUUCAGCCAGUCAACUUGAGGCCCUCCAGAGUUCAGAUGGGCUGAGUCUGGGGCUGAACUGACCUGGAAAUCUCUCAUUGGACACUACUGCCCUUUCUAAGAAGGUCACUCACCUUCCAGAGUCUGCCUGCACAGAGCUGGUGGGGACUCCAGAGAGGAGAAAAUGGCACUCUUCAGGCAGCUGUCCCUGGGUUCCAAGGCCGCCCUGGCUGCAGCCACUCUCUUCCUGUCUAUGAUCCUCUCUCGCUCCUUUCUGGCAGAGACCCUUGAGCUCCAAGCCUGGCGCUGGCUGUUUCGCCUGCAACUCGCCCUGUUUGUCAACUCAGUUAUGCUCGUUGGUUCUCUCUACAUCUGGCGGAGCACAGUGAGCAAUCUCAGCCACUCCCAGAUGCUGAAGCCCAUCUGUUUCCAGCUUUGGAAGCUGGUGGUUACAGUGUUUCUGGCCCUGGCACACUCCAGUUUCUUCACCACAAUCUUCUUAGUGGCAGAGGAGCCCUAUCUUUUUUCCUUGGCAGCCUACUCCUGCCUGGGCGCUUAUAUCAUCAUGGUUUUCUUCCUCUGUAUCCUGAGCUCCAUGGAGCAGGCCUAUCAGUUCUUGGCCUGGCGCAAUGGUAGAGCCAUGGGCAGCAUUGACAAGACAAGAAAGCAGCUUCUCAGGCCUGCCCUGGCAGUGGUGGUAACAGCUGUGCUCAGCACCAUUGGUCUUCUAAAUGCCGCCCAGCCCCCAGUAGUGAAAACUGUGUGGGUACCCAUCCAACAGCUGCCCCCCUCUAUGAACCACCUCAAGAUUGUGCUCCUCUCCGACAUUCACUUGGGGCCCACGGUGGGCAAGACCAAGAUGGAGAUGUUUGUGACGAUGGUGAACAGGUUGGAUCCAGACAUCACAGUGAUAGUGGGUGACCUCUCUGAUUCAGAAGCCUCCAUCCUGCUGACAGCAGUUGCUCCUUUGGGCCAGCUCCAUUCCCGCCUGGGCAACUACUUCGUCACAGGUAACCAUGAGUACUACACAUCAGAUGUCACCAACUGGUUCAUGCUGCUGGAGUCCCUGCAUGUGUGGCCUCUGCACAAUGACAACAGAAAGAUUUAUGACCCCAGGGACCUGCAUGGUGGUAAGGAUGACUGGAUCUGCUUGGCAGGUGUGGAUGACAUUGAGGCAGACAUCCUGCACUAUUCAGGCCAUGGCAUGAAUCUCACCAAGGCCCUGGAGGGCUGCGGGCCAGACCAUGUCACCAUCUUGCUGGCUCACCAGCCUCUGGCUGCCAAGAGAGCCCUCCAGGCACGACCAGAUAUUAACUUGAUCCUUUCUGGGCACACACAUGCUGGGCAGAUCUUCCCCUGGAAUGUUGGGGCCUAUCUCUUGAACCCCUUCUUUGCUGGACUUUACCAAGUGGCUCAGGCUACAUUUGUGUAUGUCAGCCCAGGCACAGCUUACUAUGGGAUACCUAUGAGGCUGGGGAGCAGGGCAGAAAUCACAGAACUCAUCCUAUGGCGGACUCUUUAAGUCUGCCCCCGUGUCCCUGCCCUGCCUCUACCCCUACCUGCUCUGCCCUACCAGCACUCCCGUGGCCACAUCCUGCUGGAGACAGUCAUUUGCACUGGGGCUGCUGGCAAGUUCAGGCUGGUUUAACUCUUUAGAUGAUCUAUUACUUUUAGAUAUGCACUUGGGAGUCCACUUGGUCACAUAAAUGAGAGCACGCCUCUGUUUUCCGGCCAAUGUGGAGUGAGGUUCUCCUGCAGCGCUCACUGAGUGACCUGUAGGGUGGCGUUGCUGGAAAUGACACCUCUUGCUUAGACUCAGGGAGGACCAGGAGCACUUGCUUCCUGGUAGUUUUAACCUCCCAGUUAGUUAGGACUUGGGUAGGUUCUAAAGUUACAGCUCUAGAAAUUAUUGUUUUGGGCAUUUGCCACUUCAGGAGAUGAGGCAAUAUGGGAGACUGCCUCUAGUUGCCAGAGGAGGCUGUUUCCAGCCUUUCUUCCCUGGUUCUGUCAGAGUCACCUUUAUUGAGGGCAUCAGAAAAGCCCACUGGAAACAGGGCCCUUCCUGUUUGGAUGUUGAGGGGUGGUUGGGCUUGGGUGGCUGGAGAAGAAAUCACAGACACUGUGAUAGGUGAUGGUAUUUUUAUUACUGCCCAGGAACUUGGAGGCUCUGUAGCCCUGGUUUUGUAUAGAUGCAUGAGAUCAUUAGGGACAGGCUCUUUCUGGGUUUAGGGAUGAGAGAAGGCCAAGGAGGGGAACCAUGAGGAGGGAUACUAGAGGUCUGGGGAUGUGGCUCUCAUAAAGCACUUGCCACCGAAAGUGCUUUGGAAAAGUAUCUUUACUGGUUACAGUGAGCACAGGGUUCUAAAUGCAGGUAGACAUGAGCAGAAAAGAAACAAGGCUGUAGAACCCUAUGUUCCUGCAAAGAGUUUUGCUUGGUUGAGGCUGGCUUCGUUUUGCCCGUAACUGAAUGAAGUGAGGCCUCUAAAGGAAUUGUUAAUUCCAGGGGACCGUCUUUUAUUUUGAAGAAGUCAGGAGAUUGGAACUCUUUACCUGUCAUCCCAGGUUCGGGUCUGAUAUAUAUAUUUUUUUUCCUUUGUUUUUGGAGCAGGGUGGGGGAAGCUGAGGCUUGCUGUCUACUCAUGGGAAAAGCUGAAGCUGGCAUGGGAUAUGGCUGUGCUCUGUGCCUCUGCUGGUCUGCCCAGGACCUGGCUGUGGAAUGGAAGGACUGUCCUACCUGCUGGGUAGAUUUCAAUCAAUUUAUUUUGGCCUCUGGCCACAGAAGGAUCCUAGAGUUUCUAGACCCACAGGAAAAGCAAAUGGGCCUAUUUUGUGCAGUGCCUGCAAACCUGUCAGUCCAUCCUUUGCCAGGGACAAGAAAGGCUUUGCCCUCAGGAUGACAGAAAGCAGCUGUUAGAAAAAGAGACCUUACCUGUGGUGGUGCAUGCCUUUAAUCCCAGCACUCAGGAGGCAGAGGCAGGCGGAUCUCUGUGAGUUCAAGGACAGCCUGGUCUACAUAGCA